CCUCCCUUUCCACCCCAAAAUUUCAGCAAGCCCACCAGAAUGCUGCGUCUCCUCGCCGCCCUCCUCCUCCUCCCCCUCGCCGCCGGCCAGCGAUUCCGCGGCUUCUCCUACCUCCUCGACUGCGGCGCGCCAGCCGCCACCACCGACACCCGCGACCUCCGCUGGGACCCCGACGCCCCCUACAUCACCGCUGGCACCGCCCGCGCGCUCCCGCUGCAGGGCCUGCUCGACCCGACCCUCGCCACCCUCCGCGAGUUCCCGCGCCGCGCCGGCGCCAAGUACUGCUACGAGUUCCCCGUCGACCCCAACCGCCGCUACAUCCUCCGCCCCACCUUCUUCUACGGCACCGCCUCCUCGCCGCCGCCGCCCGCGUUCGACCUGAUCGUCGACGGCACCUUCUGGACCGCCGUCGACACCGCCGGCGACAGGCUCGCCGGCAGCGCCUCGCGCUACGAGGCCGUCUUCCCGGCCGCGGGCAGGAGCAUGGCCUUCUGCCUCGGCGCCAACCCUAACUACACCGACGCCGGGCCUUUCAUCAACGCGCUGCAGGUGAUACAGAUUGACGAUCCGGUCUACAACGCCACCGAUUUCCGGACCAGCGCCAUGGGGCUCAUCGCGCGCACCAAGUUUGGCUCCACUGGCCAAGUCGAGAGGUACCCUGAUGACAGUUUUGACCGCCAUUGGCAGCCAUUUCCAGACAGCAAACAUGCAGUCAGUAGUACCCACAAUGUUACAUCGGGUGAUUUCUGGAAUCUGCCACCUCCUGAUGUGUUUAAUACAGCUUUGGUAGCAGAACAGAAUGCUCCCUUGGUGUUGCAAUGGCCUCCAAUACCUCUCCAGAAUGAUAGCUAUUAUGUUGCUCUUUACUUUGCUGAUACAUUAGAUGAUAAUUCGAGGACGUUUGAUGUGAAUAUAAAUGAUUAUCGCUUUUACGAAAAUCUGACAGUAACAUCAGCUGGCCAUUCUGUGUUUGCAACACAAUGGAUUCUCUCAGGCCUAACCAGAGUUAUAUUGUCUUCCAAGUCUGGUCUUCCGCCACUUAUCAAUGCUGGUGAAGUCUUUGGACUUUUUCCCAUAGGAAGACUGACAAUUACACGGGAUGCACUUGCUCUGGAAAGUGUAAAGAGAAGCCUUCAAAAUACACCUGAUGAUUGGAUUGGAGAUCCAUGUAUGCCUCAUGGAUAUGCUUGGACUGGAGUUACAUGUCAGGAAGGACUGAAUAUACGUGUCAUAUCAUUGAACUUAUCAAGUAUGGGCAUCUCUGGAUCUCUAUCACCUGAAAUUGCAAACCUGACCGCGCUUACUGAUCUAUCUUUUGCAAACAAUAGCUUGUCUGGACCUAUUCCUGAUCUCAUCAAACUGGGCAAACUCCAACGACUGCACCUGCAUGAUAACAAGCUGAAUGGAACAAUACUUCAGACGUUGGGGAGAAUUCAGACCUUGCGUGAACUAUUCUUGCAAGGCAAUAAUAUGACUGGAGCAGUUCCACAGAACUUGCUGAACAAUAAUGGGUUGACUAGCCGAUUUCUUCCGGGCAAUAACUUCUUCCCGAGACCACCACGCUGACGAUCAAACAUUUUCUGGAGGGUAGUAGGAUAGUGUGUUGAUUCUUUUAGGGUGGCUAUACCGAGAUUUUGUAACCAGUCAGAUGAUUGUAAAGUCAAAUGAUUCGAAUUCAGUCAAGCGAGUUAGGGAAAGCAGGUGAAGAUAAACAAUCCUGGUUGUACAGUGCUCUGCAAGUCUACACCGUCCGUGUAUAUACAAAGCUCAAACUGUGUUAAUUUCUCUCGAUGAACUUUGCACUCUGUUAUAGUGGAAGUGAAAUUGUAUGAAGCCUGAAGCAGAUUGUUUGCUUA